AAAAAGGAAAAAUCAAUCUCGGGUUGCUCUUCUUCACCUCUCUCUCUCUCUCUCUGCGGCGCCUUCCUUCUCUCUCCCAAGCUUCCUUCGAUUCACUUUCUUAAAACACCAAUAUUGCUUCCUCUUCUUUCGUUUCUCACCUCAUGCCUUCUCCUUCUCUUUCUCCCCAGGGUUUGUUUCAAUCUCGAAUCACAUAGAGAUUUCAAUCGACCUAAUUGUCUCGCCUCUCAUCAAAAACCCAACCCCAAUUUCUACACUCGGCAUCUACUCAAUCUGUGGCGUAGAAACCCCUAACUCGUGGUCAUUUUGCACACUCUCCCAAAUCGAAAAAGGCUCCGUCUUGAAAUUAGGGUUUCUCACGGUGGAGGCUUUUUUCCGAUCUAAUUUGAGAUUUAAACGAGGCAAGUGAAGGAAGAAAGGGCAUCAAUCGAUCGAGAAUCGUGAAAUUAGGGGUUUUCGAAGUUCAUGUAUGGCUUCGGAGCCUGUUAACGGAGAUGGAGCUCGAGAGAAGAAGCAAAGCAUUAGAGUUUAUACGAGGAAAGGUAAAGGCCAGAGGAAACAUUCACCCUACUUUGCAUUUGACGGCGGCGAUAAACCAGAAAACAAUCAUGCGACUCCACCUGAAACCCUAGCUCGAGAGUCUCUGGAUCCUCUCCAUGAGGCACGUGCCACUGCACCUGAAGCACGUGCCAUUUUAGACGAUGUCAAUACAGUGGUUGUUGAUGAGAACUCUAUCAAGGAACCUCCUAAAAGCCUUCCCCUUGAGGAUGCUACUAACAUGGUUGUUGACAAGAAGGCUAUUGAAGUGUCUUCUGAGGAUGAGGAAUACGAAGAUCACCUUAUAAAAGAAACUCAUCCUGAAAAUGCUGCUGCUGAAAGCGUGCCAAUGGAGGAGGAUGUAGAUGGACGGAUAAGGAUACAUGUAGCCUCCAAGUCUAAGCAGCAGAAGGAGGAGAUCAGGAAGAGGCUUGAAGAUCAGCUCAACGUGGUCAGAGGUCUUGUUAAGAAGAUUGAGGACAAAGAGGGGGAGAUUGGUGCGUAUCACGACUCUCCUCUCACUAACGGAGGAGGAAGGAUUCUCUCAGGGUUCGCGUCAGCUGGACUUCCUCGUGAGGUCAUCAGAGUGCCAAGGCCUUUGAACCAACUCAGUAUAUCAGUGCUGGAGAAUACUCAAGGAGUCAAUGAGUAUGUGGAGAAAGAGAAGAGAACACCCAAGGCCAAUCAGUUUUACAGAACUUCAGAGUUCUUGCUUGGUGACAAGUUGCCACCGGCAGAGAGUAACAAGAAAUCAAAAUCGAGUUCAAAGAAAUACGGAGGGGAGGCUGGUCAUGGUUUUGGUGCAGGCUCCAAAGUUUUCAAGAACUGCAGCGCUCUACUAGAAAGGCUGAUGAAGCAUAAGCACGGUUGGGUGUUCAACGCUCCUGUAGAUGUGAAGGGUCUAGGUUUGCAUGAUUACUUCACCAUUAUAGAACACCCUAUGGAUUUGGGAACCGUCAAGUCUACGUUAACGAAUAAUAUGUACAACUCACCGAGAGAGUUUGCCGAGGAUGUUAGACUUACUUUCCACAAUGCCAUGACUUACAACCCACCAGGACAAGAUGUCCAUAUCAUGGCGCAAGUGCUGUUACAGAUGUUUGAGGAGAGGUGGGCUGUUAUAGAGUCUGAUUACAAUCGUGAAAUGAGGUUUGUCACUGCUUAUGAGAUGAAUCUUCCAGCUUCUACGAUGAGGUCUAGACUUGGUCCAACGAUGCCGCCACCGCCUAUCAAUGUGAGGAAUAGUACAAUGGAUUGGAGUAGUCGCCCUGCGGACUUGCAGCACCCGAAACCAACCACAACUCCUGGCAGAACACCGACCAGUGCAAGGACCCCUGCUCUGAAGAAGCCAAAGGCAAACGAACCGAAUAAAAGAGAUAUGACGUAUGAAGAGAAACAGAAGCUUAGUGGCCACUUGCAGAAUUUGCCUCCAGACAAAUUAGAUGCGAUUGUGCAAAUCGUUAACAGGAGGAACACUGCUGUGAAUCUAAAAGAUGAAGAAAUUGAAGUCGAUAUUGAUAGCGUUGAUCCGGAGACUUUGUGGGAGUUGGACAGGUUUGUAAUCAACUACAAGAAGGGAUUAAGCAAGAAAAAGAGAAAAGCCGAGUUGGCUAUGCAAGCUAGAGCAGAAGCUGAGAGGAAUGGUCAACAACAGAUGGCUCCAGCACCAGUGGCACGUGAGUUUUCUAGGGAAGGUGGCAACACAGCUAAAAAGACACUCCCUACGUCAUUACCGUCUCAAGUGGAGAAGCAGAACAAUGAGGCAAGCAGAUCAAGUAGUUCAAGCAGCUCUUCCAGUGGGUCCAGCAGCUCUUCUAGUGAUUCGGACAGCGACAGCUCUUCUUCGUCAUCUGGGUCAGAUCAGACCUAGAGACUACUGUUCAAGAGGGUUUGGUGUUGACAAAUAUGUAAGGGCGUUUGAAAAGAUGGAAGAUUAGAGUUAGAAGAGCAUUUGGGAGGUUAAAGAUGAGGUGACGUACAGGCUUGAGGCAGAAAUAUUACAACGUGGUUUUGUGCAAGGAAAGAUUGUAUUAUAUUCACGAACUGUUAGAUUAUAAAGAAGUAUAUUCUUUCUUUUUCUUUUUUAGAAUUGGUAGUUAGUUUGAUUAUGUGGCUGGUCUACUUUUAGAUAUAACCGUAGGGUUGGUUUGGUCUGUUUCGGCACUUUUGUAUAUCUCUGCCUCUCUCUCUAUCGUUCUUCUGGUCUUUAGCUGUUUAGUUGGUUUGCCUCAUAAUAUUUUCUUAGUUAGGGCUUUUGAAUCAGCAAAAAGCAUCACAACUGAUUCUUGAUGACUUGUGUUUUGUAAGCUUGUUAUCAAGCAGAUUUGUUUUGGCCACUUAUCACCUUCUAUCUC